UACUUUGUUGAGAAACAGAAGAAAAAAAAUUACACAAAUACACCAAAACAUUGGUUACGCCCUUUACCCAGUGCACCCUUUUUGCUCUUGCAAUUGAAAUUCUAGUUUCGCAUCAAUCAGUACAAUAAAGUAUUUAUAUAUAUAGAGAUACAUAUAUAUAUAAACACAUAUAACCUAUAUAUAUAGAUUUGGCAAACUGGUUGGUAUUUUUUCCAUUAUUUUUUUUCCAUUAAACCAACAUGAAGUUAAUAUCAUUAAUUGAAUUAUUGAUAUUUGUCACAUUAACCAAUGCAUUACCCACGGUUCCAUUAGGUAAAAGCUCUAGUGGUGUUCAGUUAUAUAAAAAAAACUUGAAAUGGGAUUACCAAAAUGAUAAAGUCCGUGGGGUCAACUUGGGGGGAUGGUUUGUCAUUGAACCAUUUAUCACCCCAAGUCUUUUCGACGUGUGGUCUAAGCCAAAUGACGAUUCUCAAGUUCCCGUCGAUGAAUACCACUAUACUCAAAAAUUGGGUAAAGAAGUUGCUAAACAACGAUUGGAAACUCACUGGAAAACCUGGAUCACCCAAGAUGAUAUUUCCAAAAUCAAACAAUUGGGAUUAAACUUUGUUCGUAUUCCAAUUGGCUACUGGGCUUUCCAAUUAUUAGAUGACGAUCCUUAUGUUCAAGGUCAAGAAGAAUACUUGGAUAAAGUUCUUGAUUGGUGUCGUGAUGAAGGUCUUUAUGCUUGGAUUGAUUUGCAUGGGGCCCCCGGAUCUCAAAAUGGUUUCGACAAUUCCGGGUUGAGAGACUCUUAUAAAUUUCAAGACGGUAAUAAUACCCAAGUCACUUUACAAGUUUUGGAUAAAAUCUCCAGUAAAUAUGGCGUUGAUGAUUAUGAUGAUGUUGUUGCUGGAAUUGAACUUUUAAAUGAACCUCUUGGUACCAUUCUUGAUAUGAAUAAAUUAAAAUACGAUUAUUACGAUAAAGGCUAUCAAUUCGUUAGACACGGUAAUGAUGACGGGAACGACGGGGGUUAUCCUGGUAGUGACCAAGCUGUUGUUAUCCACGAUGCCUUCCAAGAUAUGGGUUACUGGGACGAUUUUUUCAAUCUUCCUGAUUAUUAUAACGUUGUUGUUGACCAUCAUCAUUAUCAAGUUUUCAGUGGAGAAGAAUUGGAAAGAUCAAUCGAUGAUCAUAUCAGUGUUGCUUGUAACUGGGGGUCUGCUGCAAAAUCAGAAUCUCAUUGGAAUCUUGUUGGUGAAUGGUCUGCUGCCUUAACCGAUUGUGCCAGAUGGUUAAAUGGGGUUGGUAAAGGUGCUAGAUGGUCCGGGGAUUUAGAUGGCGUUUCUAAAAUUGGCUCUUGUCAACCUUACUUAAGUUAUGGCAGCUGGCCUGAUUCUUACCGUACUGAUGUACGUAAAUACAUUGAAGCUCAAUUAGAUGCAUACGAACAAGCCGCUGGUUGGAUUUAUUGGACUUGGAAAACUGAAGAUGCCGUCGAAUGGGAUUUCCAAAGAUUGACCAAAGCAGGAAUCUUCCCUAGCCCAGUCACUGAUCGUACUUAUCCAAAUCAAUGUAACUAUUAAUUUUUUUUUUUUUUUUUUU